AUGGCUUUUCUUGGCACGGACCCUUGUCUUGAAGACUUCCUGAUUGCAUCCCACCCCACUGCAGAGGACGGCACCACGUUCAGUUACAGAGGAGGAGAUUCAGAAGCAGAGAGGGAACACAGCCCUUACACCACGAAGCAGGAAUCUAGACUUGACAUCCAUGAGUUCACAACAGCCUCACCAUUAAACGUUCCCAACCACCGGCCAAACCUGAAAGACCUAUUUUUCCAUGAGGCCCUUCUAACAAAGGACUUCCAUGGGGACCAACAGUUCUUCAGCGAGGGUGGAGGGUUGGAGCCCCAACCAACUGCUCCCUAUGCCUCAACAUCCAACGAGGAGCCUGCAGAAACCUCCACACGCCUGGUGCCCCAUGAGGACGCACCAGCAUUCUCCGACAUUGCCACAACAGCCACCAUGGCUGCAACUUACCCGAUGACCACAGCUAGUUCCACCGCACCUGGGAAACUGAUCCCACCAUCUCAGAAAAAAACCAGCAAGGGCAAAGACCGGACAUCAGAGAAAGCAGUGGUCACUUCUCAGUCCCUGACCACUGCCGUAAUCCCAUCCACAACACAGUCAGCCAAUGAGCAGCAACCAAAUCAGAGAGUAUCCAAGGAUACCACACUGACACCACCAUCCCUAACAGCAUCCCCAAAGAGUGAGAGUCAGGGGCCAGUGAAAAAUACCAUGGCUGACAACGCAACAGCCACAGAGCCACCGCUGGGUAGAACGGACAAAGAUACCGUGACAACCACCAUCAUCAGCACUAUGAUGUUCACCACCAUGAAGCCAGCAGUUCAAUGCAACAUGAACUUCACGGAUCCCGAAGGUCUGAUUGAGAUGCCACCACAGUCUGAUGCGUAUGAGUCCACCUUCGACUGCACUUACCUGGUUACUGUCUACCUUGGAUAUGGGAUUGAAAUCCAGGUGCUGAACGUGAGCCUGGCAGAGGGAGAGGGGAUAAUUAUUGAGGACCUGGGUGGGCUGGAGCCCUCCAUCCUGGCCAACGAGACCAUCCUGACCAGGGGACUGGUGCUGCGGAGCUCCAGUAACCAGAUCUCAGUCCGUCUCACCAGCAGACAGGACCAGCUCAGACCAGGACUCCUUCUGUUCCGUUACCAAGCCUUUUUGCUGAGCUGUGCUCUUCCAGAUGGUCCAGCCAACGGUGAGGUCUCAGUGACCAGCCUUCACCCCGGUGGAGAGGCCUACUUCUACUGCCAGACCGGCUACCAGCUCCAGGGCCCCUCCACCCUCACCUGCCGAAACGCCACCACGCCCUACUGGAGUGGCAGGGAGCCCAAAUGCCUCGCCGCAUGUGGAGGGAUGCUUAAGAAUGCGACUCUCGGACGCAUUGUGUCUCCGGGGUUUCCAGGCAACUACAGCAACAAUCUCACAUGUCACUGGGUGCUGGAGGCCCCUGAGGGCCAUCGACUGCAUGUGCACUUUGAGAAGGUGGCCCUGGCUGAGGAUGACGACAGGCUUCUCAUAAAGGAUGGAAACAACAUUGACGCACCACCUGUCUACGAUUCAUACGAGGUGGAGUAUCUACCUAACGAGGGUGUCCAGAGCACAGGCAGACACCUGUUUGUGGAGUUCACGACGGACAGCUCCGUCACGUGCACAGGGGCUGCUAUUCGAUAUGAAGCUUUUGCACAGGGAACCUGCUACAAGCCGUUUGUGAAAUACGGGAACUUUUCGAGCAGUGACUCUACAUAUUCAGUGGGGACAGUGGUGGAGUUCUCCUGUCAGCCUGGUUACACUCUGGAACAGGGCUCUGUCAUCAUCGAGUGUGUCGAUCAUGACAACCCGCAGUGGAACGAAACAGAGCCCGCCUGCCGUGCCGUGUGCAGCGGAGAGAUCACGGACUCGGCCGGAGUGGUUCUCUCGCCGAACUGGCCCGAGGCUUACGACAGGGGCCAGGACUGUAUCUGGGGGGUCCACGUGGAGGAGGAGAAGAGGAUCAUGCUGGACAUCCAAGUGCUCCAUCUGGGCAAAAACGACAUGCUAACCUUUUAUGACGGGGACGACCUGACGGCCAACAUCUUGGGCCAAUACAGCGGCACACUUCCACGAUUCAAACUCUACACCUCAAUGGCUGACGUGACCAUCCAGUUCCAAUCGGACCCUGCCACCAACAUUUACGGCUAUAACAACGGCUUUGUGCUUCACUUUUUUGAGGUGGCUCGUAACGACACAUGCUCAGAACUUCCAGAGAUCCCAAAUGGUUGGAAGAGCACUUCCCACCCGGACCUGAUCCAUGGCACCGUGGUCACGUACCAGUGUUACCCAGGCUUCCAGGUGGUGGGCUCCGAGAUCCUCAUGUGUCAGUGGGACCUGACCUGGAGCGGAGACGUUCCCAGCUGUGAGAAAGUGAUGGUGUGUCCGGAUCCAGGCACGGUGGAGCACAGCCGGCGGGUGGCGACCGGAUCUCGUUUCCCGGUGGGUUCCACGGUGCAGUAUAUCUGUAAUAAAGGCUACGCACUGUCGGGCAGCGCUGUGCUCACCUGCUACAGCCGUGACACUGCCGAGCCCAAGUGGAGCGAGAGGCUGCCCAAAUGUGUUCCCGAGCGGUAUGAGCCGUGUAGUAACCCUGGCGCUCCCUCCACGGCCGUGCAGAGCUCAGAGAAGGCCUUCUACCAGGCAGGGGAAACUCUUAGUUUCUCCUGCCGCACAGGCUACGAACUGCAGGGGGAGUCCACCAUCCGCUGCCUCCCCGGACACCCGUCUCAGUGGAGCAACUCGCCCCCUGCCUGUAGAGCCCCAUCAGAUGACAUGCAUGAACGCAGGUUGGAUGUGGGCAGCUCUGACCUCGGUCCAGAGGGAACCAACAUCAUCAUUGCAGUAGUGGUUCCUGCUGUCAUGGUCCUGAUUGUCGUUGUAGGAAUAUAUCUUUACUUCUCAAAAAUCCAGAGAAAGUCUCUCCGCCUCCCUGGUCCCUCAUCCACCCCUCCGUACGAUAACAUGACCGAGGAGUCAGCAUUUGACAACCCCAUCUAUGAGACCGGAGUAAGUAUGGACACCAUGAACCUCCGUGAUGUGGACUCUCACAACACCGUCGUCCUGUCCUGA